AUGGUUAUUCUGGGUUCCCAAAGGGAGCAUCACCGCAGAGACCAGCAAACCCAAAUGGUUCCUCGUCACUCCCCCACAGCUAGCCGGCCAAGGAUUUCCUUUGGCUGCCCCUUCAAUAUUAAUUUUGAUCCACCCCAAAAGGGGCAGAUUCCAAGAACCAUUCUCUUUGUGGUUCCAAACACAAACAUCCAAUCAGAAAUGACUUCAAAAUCUAAUGACCAAAUUGUAGGUCAAGAACUCAAACUAAAGAAAAAAAAGGUUUUAGAUGAAGUGAUUCCAAGCACAAAAAUCAAAUCAGGCACGGAUUCAACAGCUAAUGAGCAAAUUGACCUGCGGCCUCAAUUUGGGGCCACAAACUCUGCUGAUGUAAGAUUACGAAUAUUUGGCCCAAACAGAGAAGAGUAUGAUGGAAAUCCUCUUCGCCUUCAUUCUCAAACUCUUCAAACUUCGGACUUUUUUAAGGCUUUGUUAUCAGAGCGCUGGUCUUCUAAUAUCCGACCAUUUGAAAUUGAGGUAACCACUGAUCAAUCCUUUGAGAACUAUUUAAAAUGCAUCGAGAUGAUGUAUUCUUCUACUUCUUCUCUCCGUUUUUCCAAUGUGGAUGAAUGCCUGGCAAUUCUAUCUGUUGCUUCGGAAUUGUUAGUGGAUAAACUUAUGCAACAAUGCAUGAGAUAUCUGGAAGCUGUUCGUUGGAACUCUGAGGAAGAGUCCAAAAUUAGAAAUCUAUUGUCCUCUCUGAGUUUGAGCGUCCUGCCCGAUCUGAAUGCACGGCUUAAUAAAUAG